AUGGUGCUGAUCAAUGGACAUACCUGUACCAGGUUUUGUCCCAACUGCAGUAGAGAGUUUCCUACAAUCGAGGCCAUUACCCUGCACUUGAAUUCUCAGUCUACCUGUUGGCCACACGAGGAACGUCCGCAUCAAUUCCCUGUUCCCCCUGGGUUGCGAGGUUCCCAAUCAUCAAAACCUUCUACCACUACUGGUUAUUGUCAUCCGCACUCAGGAUAUGUCUUUGGUGUUGGCAAGAACCUGUUUGACAGGCUGCAAGACGAUCAGUAUAAUUAUCGGCGAGAAAUAAAUAUGUAUUACCCUUUCCAUGAUGAAGGAGAAUGGGAGUUGGCGAAGUUCUUGGUUGAAAACUUAACUCAAGCUCAGAUUGACAAGUUUUUAAAUUUCACACUCGCCCCAAAACCAUCCUUCACCUCCAAGGAGCAACUUCUAGAUUGGACCGAUGCACUGCCCUCUUUCGUGCCAUGGAAAGUUUCGAACCUAGAGUUUACGGGCUACAAGACGACUUAUCCCGUGCAACUUAUUUGGCGCGAUGCUCUAGAGGUUGUCAAACAACUUUUCAGCGAUCCGGUUUUCGCCAAUCACAUUACCUUCCAGCCACACGUAGACUAUCUGCCAGUAGGUGCUACGCAAGUACCUAUCAUCUUGGGAUCCGAUAAGACUCCUGUCACGCGGAUUACUGGAGGGCUCGAGAUGCACCCACUUUUCAUCACCAUCGGUAACAUCGAUUCGGAGGUUCGCUCCAAGGCCACCCUACGAGCUUGGCGCUGUAUCGCCUACAUGCCUGUUAGUAAGUUUCGCGUGCAUCCCGACUAUCAGACCAUUCUUCAGGCGCGGCUAUGGCAUAAGUGCGUUGAUCUCGUCUGCGCCAACCUGAAGGUUGCAGCGAGUGAUGGCUGUUUUAUGCCUGAUCCUUCCCGACAUAUUCGAUAUGUCUUUACACCACUUAUCGCCCAUGUAUGCGACCUUCCCGAGGCCUCCAUGAUCGCUGCAGUCAGCAAGAAUGUCUCUCCUGUCACUAUGGCGACACAAGACAAUUUUGGUGAUGGAAUUCUCUAUCCUCCUCGUACUGGGAAGCACACACUACAACUUAUACACGGGAUCGCCAAAGAGAUUGAUCCUUGGGAUCUCGACAAAUUUCAGAAGGCAGCAAAAGCUGCCCAUCUGUCUGGGGUCCACAUGCCAUAUUGGCUUGAUUGGUCGUUUUCGUGUCCAUCCGUCUUUCUCGCUGGCGAAGUUUUACAUACCCUCCAUAAGUUUUUUGCAGAUCAUCCACUCAAAUGGAUCAAGGAGAUAGUAGGAAAAACCGAGCUCGACACCCGCUUCAUUAUUCAGCACAAACGGGUAGGGACGCACCACUUUACUAAAGGCAUCACGCACGUCAACCAAAUGACUGGGCGUGAGCAUCGUGAUAUUCAAUGCACCAUUGUUGCUUCAAUUGCAGGCGCUGCUCCACCUAGAUUCGUUCGUGCAAUCCGUGCUCUCAUAGAUUUCAUCUAUUAUGCUCAAAAUCCAGUCCAUUCUCCCGAAUCCUUACAGUCGAUGGUGCAGGCACUCUCCGAUUUUCAUGCAUUCAAGGAUGCUAUCAUCGAGGCCAAGGCGAGGAGGGGGAAGAAGGGCGCCAAAGAAGACUUUUUCAUCCCCAAGCUCGAGUUACUCCAAAGCUUCAGAGGCACGAUUGAGAGACUGGGUACCUUGAUGCAGUUUUCAGCCGAUAUGACAGAGCGCUUGCUCAUCACUCACUGCAAGGAUCUCUUUGCCCGAACAAGUCGACGAGUGAAUGAUUUCACGGAGCAGUGCGUACGGAUUCUCAAUCGCCAGGAGUCAAUGGAAUUGUUCAACCUGUACGCGCUGAUCACUUCCCAUGGCGCAUCGCUCGUCAACGCCAUAAGCCUUGAAGAUGAGGAAGUGACGACCGUCAACCCAGCACUCUCCUGGGUUUCUCGUAUACUCCCCGAUGAAGCAUAUUCUGUCCAUGGACCUCGACGAGUCCGUAAUCAUUUUCACAAGGGCAUUCUUUCUGGAGACACUCUCACUGCCUUCCAUUUAACUUCAACACCAGAUCUCAAGUCCCUGUCGCCCAUCGAUAUUCUCACCAAAUACGCACUCGUUGAUUUUGAUCACGCAGUCUCCCAGUUCAUCCAGCGUUCUUCCCUCUCCAGUGGCGAGAAUACUUGCUGGGACCACAAACAUGGACACUUUUACGCGUGGAACAAAUUUCGAUUGCAACUUCACUCUGCCUUCCAGCCUCGAGUGAUCAUGCCAAGCAGAGUGAUCCAAUCAUACCCGCCCAGUGACAUAUUUCCCCUCGGGAACUGUGAUACCGUCCUUGUCGAUGUUACGGGUGAUGAUGGCCAAAUUAGUACUCGCGUCGCCCAAGUUCGACUUAUUUUUCAGCCCAAGGUUCCACGUGCUUCCAACCUGGUUCUUCCAACAUACCUUUCCAGUCCGCUCCUCUACAUACAAUAUUUCGACUUCGUCGCCAAUCCCAAUGAUCGUCCUGAACUCGCGAUGUGGACAGUAGAGCGGUCAUAUGUGGUGGACCAACAUGGCAAACGCUAUAGGCAUGGUGGUGUGGUGUUAUUGACAGAUGUAACACAUGCUGUUGAAUUGAUACCAGAAUACGGUGAGAAGGUCAACAAGGACAUUUCUGCGACGACGUGUUUGGAGUCCUAUGACCGGUUUUUUCUGAAUAACUUUGCAGAUAAAGAAAGUUAUCAUACAUUUAGUACAGAGUUCGCGUAG